CCCAGUCAAGCUCAAAGUUGACGACGACGACUCCAAACUGAUAAUAUCUCGAGCAAUCUGCCAUUGAACCGGUCGACAUGGCGUCCGAAGACCAUACAUACUAUCCAAAAGAUGCUCUCAAGUCAGCAACCCAAGGCGCCUUAGUCCUCGGAACCGGCGGUUUCGUGAUCGCUGCUACGUCAAACACCUUGUCGAAGACGAACUAUGGUCCAUGGGGUUGGGUGACAAGAGGUGGAGGAACAAUUGCAAACUUCAGUAUGUUGCUAUCAAUUGGCCUAGGAUGUAGUGGGUAGAAAUUGACUUUGAACUAGCUGGUGCCGGUGCUGGAUUCAUGUUCGCGCGAGAUGUUGCAGCCAACCUGCGACAGAAGGAUGAUAGUUACAACCAUGCCAUAGGUGGAUUUGUAGCGGGUGCUAUUGCCGGAUUGCGAAGUGAGCCCAUGUCUCUUGGUACAUGAGAAAUAGCUGGCUGAUAAGAUAACUAGCUGGCUCAGCCCCCAAGGUACUAGGAAUGGGCGCUGGUCUUGCGAUUGUCUUCGCUGCAUACGAAUUUACUGGCGGAAGGUUGAGAGGACCAAAAAGGGAUCCGGAAGUGGACGAAUUUGAGCGCAAGCAACAGCUCAGAAAGAACCGAAGAAUCCCAAUUGAGGAGACCAUUGCGCAGUUAGGAGAAGGAAGAGGUACGUACCUGUUCCAUUAUUUGUAAGGUAUAAAUUAACAAGCUUUGAUAGGAAUAUACGCACCAGGAUACGACGAGCGAAGGAAACAGAGAAUUAAAGAAAACUAUGGGAUCGAUGUAUCCGCGAGAUCGAGCCAGUCGUGAGCUUCUGGUCCAGAUUAAGCAUCCCGUGUUGUACAUAAGAAUUGAUACAGGUAUUGGUCUCGUUGGUUUUAAUUUUCUUUUUACAACAACACACACAAGUGUGAAUGUCAGUUUGGUAGCAAUAUUAGGCGACAAUACAAGUAUAGAAUAUGUUCUGUUCGAAUUCACAGAUGAACGGAAGUCUAUUCGCAUUGCAUAGUUGUCUUGUGAGUGGUGGUCAUCCUUGCGGGAACCAAUGUUUUCUCCAAUUAGCGAUUCGGAUUUUCGAGUCCAAUUCAGAAGCAUUUGGGUCUUUAAUUUCUCUAUACGCCCAUUCCUAAAUGCUUCAGAUGGCCCGGGAAAAUCGCAGAGGAGGCUUGGAUCAGAUCGGUAGCAGAGCAGGUAAGCGGAGAGUAACGGCUAAGUCUUCUUCGCAUUUUAACCUCCUGGCAACCCAAGAUAGGCAGGUGAACGAUUUCCUGGACAGAAUAAAAAUGAUUAAUGUAUGGUUUGUAGAAGUGAGAUAUGCAGGUAUGUACAGAUUCGAAUAGCCGCAGCGCAGCCUCGGACCGGGAUCUUUAUUUCAGUACUGGUACUCGUACGUACAGUAGUGCCACACAAAAUGCACCAAAAGGUCAUCCAUACCCCGCUCGACUACAUUUUGCCACCCCUCUCAUAAAAACAACAAUUCCAAAGACUUCUUGAUUUAAAAGUGUAGCGAGCGAUUCUUGUUCAUCGCAGAAACUUGUUCCCACUUUGAUCCGGUCUCGUAAAUACUGAUCAACACCUUGGUACGGCCUGAAAACAAAACCGUUGACAUUCCUUCACUCCUUGGGGAAAUUGAUCGCGCAUCCUGUAACAUUGUGACACGGAACUUUGGUCGAUUAUCUCUAACAACCAUCUGUGAUACACACGUAAAUUCCCUACACAAUACACCACCUGCGCAGAUUUCGCAAAAAUGAAUACGGCUGUGGUAUCUGAAUUUGAUCGUGGUGGACCGGCAUCUGGCUUGAAAGAGCGUUUUUAUAGGUACUUCCAAGAGACAUGUACAGGUAAGUUCAUUAUCUAUACUUUCUGACAGAAUACUCACCAUUGCCUGUAGAAAUCUUGGACCAAAUCAGCCAGCUCGGAUCUUAUUCUGUGAUUGACGGCGAAAGGAAAGAUGCAGCAGAUCAUCUUCUUGCAGCGAUAUCAAGGCUAUCAAACGAUGUCGCUGAUCUCUCGGGAUUCAUUCCACCAUAUGAUCAACGAGUCUAUUCCCAGGUAUUCACAGUUCACAGUUCGCCACCCGUUCAGUACAAAUCUCACAUCAAUAGGCUAUCAAAGGUCUCUCGGAGAAAUUCCAGGAAACUAAAGCGACAUUGGAACCGAAACCAAGGUUCGCCUUCAAGACUUCUCAUAAAAACCAUUCUGCGGUAUCCAUUGAAGACGCAGCCGAACUCGCAAAACAGAGUCAAUCAAAAGCUGAAGCUGUCUCUUCAAAUGAAUCUUCUCAAGUUGCAACCCCCGCUGUUGCACCUACCCCGCCAUCAGAGCCCAGGGAUACCAUUGGUGAUCUCCCGUCUUUCCCUAGUAAGAAUUACAAUGCCGAGCUAGGACAAAUGCCAGGUGGUGGUGGUCCCAUUCGCAAAUUAAGUUUCUCACAAGCAUCAACUGUUGCCAUCUCAGGCCAUACUGGACUCCAUAUUAUCCUUCCAUCUUCAGCCUCUCGUGCUACAGCAUCUGGUUCUUUGACCUCUUUGAGGAGAUGUAUUGUCGAUAUGUCGGUUCCUACAGCUAAUAGUGCUCCCUUUGCUGGUCUUGCUUUGAAGAAUAUCAAACAGUCUUUGAUCAUUGCUGGUCGUGUGGCUGGAGCUGCUCAUAUUACGGGGAUUGAGGAUAGUAUCAUUGUGGUUGAUUCCCGACAGGUUCGAAUGCAUGAUUGCAAGAAUGUGGAUAUAUAUCUGCAAUGUGCAAGUAGACCGAUCAUUGAAGAUUGUAACAAUGUUCGAUUCUCACCUAUUCCAGGAUGUCAUGUAGGUUGAUGCUCCCUUUCUUAACAGUAUUGAUACUAACAAACUUGUAGAAGAAUACCUCGGCAGAAUAUGAAAACCAAUGGGAUCAAGUAGAUGAUUUCAAGUGGCUCAAGUCUGAACACAGUCCAAACUGGAGCACUUUACCCGAAGGAUCAAGACUAGAUGAAGGUGUCUGGACUGAUGUUGUGCCAGGUGGACCGGGAGUUGGACUCGAAGACAUUUUUAAAAAAAUUGGUAUUCCUGCUCAAUAA